UGGUCCUCAGGUGUUUUGGCCUACAACUCCCAGAAAUCCCAACCAGCUUACCAGCUGUUAGGAUUUCUGGGAGUCAAAGGCCAAAUCAUCUGGGGACCAACACAUUGAGAACCACUGCCCUAGGCGAUACCUUAUAUGCAACUGAAAAAUAUGUUCUUUUUAUUUGUUUGUUUGUUUACAGUAUUUAUAUUCCACCCUUCUCACCCCAAAGGGGAUUCAGGGCGGAUCACAUUGUACACAUACAAUGCCAUAUGAACAUAGAGACAGAGACAGACACAGAGGCAAUUUAACCUUCUCCAGCUUUCAUCUUCCUGAGGGGUUCUCGAUUCUGGCAACAGGGAGAGCAGCUGCUUCAUCAUCCACUGUGAAGCCAACUUACUUAUUCCUUUCCGCACACUGGUGGCAGUUUUAUUAGCCUCCCCACAUAGUGGUACCUAAAUUUCCUACGUAAUAAAUGCAACUAUCUAUCGGGUUGCUUAGUUCAACAACGAGCAGGGGCUAUUUUUUAUUUUAAUUGUCGGGUUCUCACUCCCAACACAGGCUGGCCUCGAACACAUGACCUCUUGGUCAUAGUGAUUUAUUGCAGCUGGCUCCUAACCUGCCUGCGCCACAGUCCAGCCCCAUUCUGGCAUUUCUGGGUCCUCCAGCACAAUUCUGUAGUUAACUUCUGGGCAACAUCUGGAAGCUGACCAUCAGCUCAUGCUUGAGGACGUAGAAAUGCCUAUAAAAGUGUUGUCUCCUGUAAAAAAAAAUAGCAUUUGCAUUUUCCCUAUAAAUUUGCAGUUUUUCCACGUUUGCAAGAACUCUAUGCCCCUCACCCUUGAAACUGUGGAUGAAUUGCUGUACUAGCUUCAGAACAAACCAGGAUCCUAACCCAUGAUUCAGCAUCUUGGCAUCUUCUGAAGAUAAGAACAAGUUGGAAUCUAAGCCUUUAAUUGAUGAACUGGAGCUAAAUAUCUUGACACUGUCCCGCUGACUUGUGACUAUUGGAAAUGGAGUCAAAAGUUGGCAACCUUACAUUUGGCUUCCAGCGAAGCUCAGCAUCAGAUGAUGAUUCUGGAUGUGCCUUAGAAGAAUAUUCAUGGGUUCCUCCAUGUCUUAGACCAGAACAGGUACAACUGUACUUUGCUUGUCUGUCAGAGGAGAAGAUUCCUUAUGUUAACAGUCCAGGAGAGAAACAUCGAAUUAAACAGCUUCUCUAUCAGCUACCACCCCAUGAUAAUGAGGUGAGAUACUGUCAAUCUUUAAGUGAAGAAGAGAAGAAGGAACUUCAGAUAUUUAGUUCCCAGAGAAAGAAGGAAGCCCUGGGACGAGGCACAGUCAAAUUACUUCCUCGAGCAGUUAUACAUGCUCUUUGUGAACAGUGUGGUACAAAGAUAAAUGGGGGUGAAGUUGCAGUGUUUGCUUCAAGAGCUGGGCCUGGAGUUUGCUGGCAUCCAUCCUGUUUUGUGUGCUUUACAUGCAAUGAACUCCUUGUUGACUUAAUCUAUUUCUACCAAGAUGGGAAAAUCCAUUGUGGCAGACACCAUGCUGAACUGCUCAAGCCACGAUGUUCUGCGUGUGAUGAGAUUAUUUUUGCUGAUGAAUGCACAGAAGCAGAAGGUCGUCACUGGCACAUGAAACACUUCUGUUGCCUUGAGUGUGAAACCAUACUUGGAGGACAGAGAUAUAUAAUGAAGGAUGGGCGGCCAUUCUGCUGUGGCUGUUUUGAAUCCCUUUAUGCAGAAUAUUGUGAGACUUGUGGGGAACACAUUGGGGUUGAUCAUGCUCAAAUGACUUAUGAUGGACAACACUGGCAUGCUACAGAAACUUGCUUUUCAUGUGCUCAGUGCAGAGUUUCUCUACUUGGAUGCCCUUUCCUUCCCAAGCAAGGCCAGAUUUAUUGUUCUAAAUCCUGCAGCCUGGGAGAGGAUGUUCAUGCUUCGGACUCUUCGGACUCUGCCUUCCAGUCUGCUCGCUCAAGAGAUUCCAGACGAAGUGUUCGCAUGGGGAAAAGCAGUCGGUCUGCAGACCAGUGCAGGCAAUCUCUCCUCUUGUCACCGGCACUGAACUACAAAUUCCCUGGGCUUUCCAGCAAUGCUGAUGAUACACUGUCUCGGAAACUGGAUGAUUUAAGUUUGUCAAGGCAAGGAGGUUUUGUAGAUGAAGACCUCUGGAAAGGAAGGGCAGAGGAAGUACCUGAUGAUCCAGAGGAGUGGGCUGAGCAUGAAGACUACAUGACACAGCUGCUCCUAAAAUUUGGCGAUAAAGGCCUCUUUCAGCAGCCUGUGGAAGUAGAUGUGAGAUCAAAUGAGCCGUGGAUAUGUGAGAGUAUGGUUCAGGGGAGAUCAGAAUUGAAGAAAAAUAGUCAGAGCCUAGCAAGUAAGAAAUACCAGUCAGAUAUGUACUGGGCACAAUCCCAAGACGGGCUGGGAGAUUCUGCGUAUGGAAGCCACCCCGGACCUGGAAGCAGCAGGAAAAUCCAAGAAUUGGAAAUGGAACAUGGCGCAACUAGAUACAAACAUGACCAAAAACCAUGGUAUGAUGACUCACUAGAGCGUUUAUCAAACCUGAAGCAACAGGAGCAGUGUGUUCGGGAUUCAAUGGAUUCACUUGCCCUAUCUAAUAUCACAGGUGCUUCUGUUGAUGGAGAAGUCAAACCAAGACCUUCUUUGUAUUCCUUACAAACCUAUCAGGAACUGGACACAGAAGACUGUGAGAAAUUGAGCAACAUGGGAACUCUGAAUUCCUCAAUGCUUCACAGGAGUACAGAAUCUUUAAAAAGUUUAAACUCUGAAUUAUGUCAAGGUGAGUCUCUGCCAGAAGAAAAGCCGAUGCAUGUGCCCGUACUAAGAAGAUCCAAAUCACAGAGCAGGCCUCAGCAAGUUAAGUUUUCAGAUGAUGUUGUUGAUAAUGGAAAUUAUGAGAGUCUUGACAUCCGUCAACCUCCAAUGAGUGAAAGGACUCGCAGACGUGUUUAUCAAUUUGAGGACCAAGGGAAGAGGCAUCAUCAUCGUCACAGGAGGAGUAGAAAGUCUCGUUCUGACAAUGCACUUCAUUUGGCUGCAGAAAGAAAACCUCAAAAGGAGAGACUUAAUUUUUAUUCUCCUCAGGAUUACAGCAAGUUAAUUCAAAAUAAAAGUCCUCAUGCCAUUCGGGCAUACACUCCCAACUCAUACAGUCAGUAUACUCAUGUUGCCUCCAACUAUGCAAUGGGGAAUCAACGAGAUCAGGUUUUUGGAUUUUUUGGUGAAGAAGAAGACUCUUGGUGUUCGUCUUCAUCAUCAUCUGAUUCUGAAGAAGAAGGAUAUUUCUUAGGCCAGCCAAUUCCACAGCCCAGAUCAGUGAGAUACCCCUACUAUGCAGAUGUCCUUUCCAGCCCACCUACUGAGCUCCCCAGUUCUCACUUUGGACAGAGAACAAAAUCAAAAAAGAGAAAAUCGCACAAAGGGAAAAACUGUAUAAUUUCUUAAGUUUUACUAGGAAUUAUUGACUCUGUGCCUACACUGUUUUUCAAAUCCUAUGUAGAUAAAUGGUUUAAAUAAAGCCUAUAACAUGGACUGUCCAUCCCAUGGAUUGUCCAUCUAUGUCAUCUCCCAAGGCCCUGUAUGUAAUCAACAGAAUUAAGAUGUAAGUUUGAUUCUAUGCAGAUGUAGCAUUUAGAAAGCCCUUCUAGCAACUGAAGAUAAUCCAGUAAAACAAGAAAGACGUGCAGUCCUAAAAUGGAAAAGAAUUUAUCACUUUGGGCAAAGAUCUCAUUUCAUACUUUAAUUGUCUAGUUAAAACCAUAUUUGUUCAGCACAGAUGUGGGUAAGGUUGGCCAUAGAAGAUGCUGGACUGUAUCUCCCAUAGUAUUUAAUCAUUUAGUGUGCUAUCUUGGAUUGAUGGGAGUUGCUGUUCAACAACUUCUGAGGACAACAUAUUCCUUAGACUUGGAUUAGUGCUACAUGUAUGAGCUGGAAGAAGCCCAAAUAAUAGUUUCAGCUGGUGCAUGUCUGUUUCUUUUGUGCGGUUAGUAGGACCACAGUGAGACUUGGUUUCAUUUGCACUGGCCGUGAGACUGUCAUAUGCAAACCAGAAAUAAUAUUUGACAAACUUCCAGGUUUGUUAAAAAAAAAAAACAAGCUAAUAAUAAACAGAAUAGUGUGUUGAGUGCAACCUGGGGGCCAGGGUUUAAAGCAAACUAAUCUGUAUUCUAAACGGGUUAUAUUUAAACCUCACUUUAAACGGUGAUGAGGAAACAUGCUUACAUUAAUCGCCUACUUAGUUAAUAAUGUAUAACUGCAGCACAUCUCCUGACCCAGCCCUCCAAGCCCACUUUGACUACCAACUGCCCUGAGUGAUGGAUGUCUACUUAGAUGGCAACCAGGGCACAGGAGAAUGAAGUUUCUAUUUCCCUCCCAUCUGCAAUGUAGAAUUUUGAAAGUUGUCCUUCUGAUUGUCAAAGCCUGGAAACCACCUCUUCCUGAGCCCUGAUCACCAUCUGAAGAAACUUUCAUCACUCAAUGUGGCUGGUGUCUGGUGAGGUGAGAAGGGUAUUUACAAUUGUGGCAAAAGUGCCAUAACCACAAAUACAUAGUAUUACUCAAUACAAACCAUAUUCAGGGGUAACUGCUACUAAUCUGUAACCACAAUACUCAGUGCCAGCCAUUUACCACAACAUCAAACAUUAAGCCAAGUUUUCAACUAAACAUCUACUGCAGGAUCAUCUAGGACGUCUUCCCAUGUGUGGAUAUAAUACUAAUGAGGGGCCGUCAGUCUGUGACAUUCCAUACUUGUUGGAUUUUAAAAAUAUUCAUAGGGAAACAGGUUGCCAGUCUUCCACCAAACAUGGUUUAGUAUUGUUUGCAAACAUAGCCAGUGUCUCACAUUGUGCAUUCCUGUUAAUCGGAUCUCUGUAUUAAUGCCGCCCAACCAGUGUUUUAAAUCCUGCCAAACUGACUUCUGUUUAAUUUUUGUUUGAGUGAUCUUCACUCAGGAAAAAGCAAUUGAGCAUAAAAUGUUCACUGCCCUCAAGCAACUUUUCAUGUGUUGUAAGCCAAAGCCCCAUGUAUGAAACUAAUUGUAUGAACUUAGUGAGUCUGCUUGCUGUUGUAAAACAAACAAGGAUCCUGAAUGUCGAAACAUUACCCCAGCUUCCAAAUGUAGUAUAUGAGCAGCAAUUAGAAACAAUAUUUAUAAUGUACUAUUUCAUAGCUGAAACUAUGUUCAUAACACUGCAAAUAAUGUACAUAUUGUAAAGUUAAAAUUUAAGACUAUUUUUAUAUCCCUGAAUUGAAAGACAUUUGUUUAAAAUACAAAGAGUAGUUUUAUUUGAGGGUUUAACAUCAGCUUGAGUCAACAGGGGUUUGCUAAAUGUUCAUAAGUUUAUAGUAGUGACAUGUUUAAUUUUUGACAGUAAAGCUCUGUUUGCAUGGUGGAGCUAUGUAAAUACUGUUUAAGCUAAGGUUCUUAAUAUUAAAGGAAUUAUUUAUGGGUCAAGGAAACCAAAUUAUGUAGGCAGCGUGCACACACAUCCUGGUAUAUACAAAUUCAUCAAAACGCACAGCUUGGUAUUACGUGCAACUGAGUACUGUUUUAGAAACUGACACCAUGUUUUAAAGUGUAUACUGAAUGGUUAUCUACAAUUUACAAAAAAAGUCCUUUCUUGGGAGUUGACAUACACCAGCAGUGGAAUAUUGCAAGUUAUAUAAGCAGCUGUAAUUUAAAGACUGUUGAGCCACCAUCUGAAAUUGAGAUAUGAAACAUUGUUUCUGGUUCAGUUUAAUAACCAAACUGACAUUAUGCAUAGGAAAUUAUGGUUUUGUGCUUGUAAAAAGAAUGGACUGAUUGGAAAAGGAAGGCGGCUCCUAUCAUGUCUCCUUUCUAAAACAAGUCAAAUACAGCUCUACAUCUUAUCAUUUUCUCAAUUUACCCAAUUUGGAAAAAUCUUUCUGGAGCUGUUGGUAUUCUUAAUGGUUUUCCUGAUUCUAAAUUAUAUUAUGCCCCUGAAAUGGGCAGCAGGGGCAUCUCUUACAAACAUAGCAACAUGUCCAGGAAUACAUCACAUGCUUCUUUGCAAGAGAUGCAUAUGUUUAGGACAUUGAAACUAGAGAAUAUUCAAAGUGCCAAAUCACAAUUGUGCAAUGGAUUCAUUUAAAAGUAGAUCUUUAUCUUAUCAAUGGAUACUGUGGUCAAAGAUAAGCCACUGAGCUGCGUCAUAAGGAUGCUCCACUUGUAUGACCUAUUGGGAAAGUGAGGCAGACACAGAUUCAGCAUAGGUAAUAAUCCUUGAAAUAUCAAAUUAAUCUGGGCUACUACACCAUUUGUACAAUGUCAACUUGUAUAGCUCUUGUACCUGUUUAAAAUUGUUGUCUUCAGUACACCCAUUGUAAAAAUAAACAAAUCCAUUAAUAUGCUGCAAACUCCACAAGCAGAACAAUA